UGUCAAUUAUCGACCUUGCCCCAGAGCUAUUCAGGAUCAUAGGCGACUGUGUCGAGAUAAACGACGCACAAAACGCACGUCUCGCUUGCAAGCAAAUCGGGGAAUACUUGGAACCUCGACUCCUUUCCUCUCUCACUAUCUGCUGCACGGGCCACGAUUUGAUCAAAAAGCAAUUAUCUCGUAUGAAAUCGCUCGCUCGCGGCGAAUACCCGGCAAUUGUUCGCUCCGUUCACAGUCUGUCGAUAGGACCUUGGUUGCUCGGAGAGAAGCCCGGACCAGAGAUUGGCUCGUCCAUAUCCGACAGCAGUGGAUGUCGCGAUAACGUCUUGAACGAUCGUAGCUCGCAACUCUCCAAGACCCUUUUGACAGCAUUGCUUUGCUUGACAGGAGUAACUUCAGUCAGGUGGACACGAAGUACUAGAGACCCCGACUGGGCCAUUUCAGGGGUAGUGGAUGCUCUUCACGCAUCUCCUCAGCUCCGCCGUCUAACCUUCGUCCAAUACACCGAAAUGAACUUAGAGGUCCUCGGGAAUGUCACUUCUGGAUUGAACGAGCUUCCUGACCUCGAAGAAAUCGGGGUGCAGAUCGGGACCAACAGCGACUAUGACAGGGAAAUGAUUCGCUACUUCUCCAAAGCACUGGCCGCUUCCCCGAAUCUUGAAAAUUUAUCUAUCAUCAACACAGGAAGACGUGCAGACGGUAUCCCGAACUCGAGUGUUCGCCAGCUCUUUGAAGAGUGCUCUCCACGCAAUCCCGUUCAUCUGAAGAAGCUCUCCUUAUCCAACAUGCUCGUCAACCUCGAUGGAUCCAUUCUUCCUCAUUUCCGCCAUCUUAUCUCCUUGCACCUCGUUCGGAUUUUCGAGCCAGGAGUAACCGAUAAAAUAUACGGAAGGCGUUUCCGAGAAGAUUUGUUGGAAGCCACCGUUACUGGGUUGACCCUCGACCAAAUAUGGACAGCAUUAUCAUCCAUCGAAGUACAACUUCAAGAGAUAACAGUCGAUAACGUCGGGAACGGCUUCAUCGAUUAUAUUUCGGGUUACUCUGGAUUGAAGAAACUGGACAUCCGGAGUCCCUGGUACCCAGAAGCAGCGACCUCGGAUCGGUUUGGAACUCGAUUUUAUGCUCAAGGUUUGUCUCUACACAUGGAAACCUUAGAGAUUCUACAGGUCUCUGCGCCGUAUGAAGGGAAAUGGUGCUUCGGUCCUCAUAACGUCUCGAUUCUCCGCCAAUGCGAUAGAUUAAAAUAUCUGUCGAUAUCUGUCAACGAAUCGCGGAAUUGGGGGCACCCAUCAGAACGAGAUACCAUCGGGGUUCUCCUCGAUUUUGCGGCUUCCAGUUUCCCUCGCUUGGAUAGAAUCUGGAUAAAUUUAGCCCCGCCCGAGAGCUUCCGUAACGCGAAAUGCGGAACUGGACGCAUACACCGUUCGCUCCGAAUACGAGCAAAGAUCAGCGAGCACCUCAAAAAGUUUGUAUCAUCGAAUGCGGGUGACCCCUCCAUGGAUCGGUUCCUAAAAGUUCUGAGAGCGUCAGGCAUGUUGAUCGGAACAUGAA